GUUUUCAGCGGCACUAUGGCUGACUGUGACUAUGACUAUCUGAUCAAACUGCUGGCACUCGGAGACUCCGGUGUUGGAAAGACGACCUUCCUCUACAGGUACACCGACCACAAGUUCAACCGCAGGUUCUCAACCACAGUAGGAAUCGACUUCAGGGAAAAGAGAGUGAUUUACACGGGAACAGGGGCUGAUGGGAUGACGGAGAAGAACUUCAGAGUCCACCUGCAGCUGUGGGACACAGCAGGACAAGAAAGGUUUCGAAGUCUCACCACAGCUUUCUUCAGAGAUGCCAUGGGUUUCCUGCUCAUGUUUGACUUGACUAAUCAACAAAGUUUUCUCAACGUCAGGAACUGGAUGAGUCAGCUGCAGGCAAACGCAUACUGUGAUAAUCCAGAUAUAGUGUUGGUGGGAACUAAGGCAGAUCUACGAGACUUGAGGGAUGUCCAUGGCAGACAGGCCAGGGAUCUGGCCGACAGAUACGGCAUUCCCUACUUUGAAACUAGUUCAGUUACCGGCAUAAAUGUGGAACGUGCAGUGGCCACACUCUUGGACAUGGUGAUGAAGAGGAUGGAGCAAAGCACCUGCGUAGGCCGAAUGUCUGAACCCAACGGCAAACUGUCAAUUUGCCACAGCAUGGAGGAGGCUCCAGUAAUUCGAAGCUGCACCUGCUAACCUUUCUCGUAUCUCUGACAACUGUCGUCUGAGAUGCUUUUGUGAUGUUUUGGAGGUUGUGUAAAAAAUUCUGUUGAAGUGCAGCUAACAUUUACAGAUAAUUAUAUUAGGUACAAGGUACAACAACACCAUCUAAUGGUGAAGUUGUGGGGAUAGGCUUUAAAUAUAAUUUAAAACAAAAUGUAUUUCGUUUGUCAUGCUAAUAUGCUAAUUUGAAAAAAUAUAUAUAUAUAUGGCGCCUUCCUACAAAUCGCCCUCGUCCCGUUUAAUAUAAAAUUGUAUUCAAGAACAUCACGUAAGUUUUUUUCUUUACAUCUGACAUCUCACAUUUGACUUUUAUU